AUUUAGACAUUGAUGCUAGGUGGAGCUAUAAUAUUUUUGUUACGUUGCGCAUGCGUUGCGCCCGUAUUUGCAAGCUUCGAUAUCUUUGAAUACUUUGAUCGAUUACGAUUUCACGACGGUACCACCACAGAUGUAAGAACUCUUCUUCUGUGUUUUGUUACGCUAUGUCGUCUUUUUUUCGGAUAAAUUGCAAAUCAUAGGUAUAUAUAUACUGUGAACAGCCGCGUACCUUAUAAUUUGUAACUAAAAUGACAAUGCCUGUUUGGAAGAAAAUUUAUACAAGGUGCAGCAGUGAAGAACGCAAAAAAUAAAGAUAGGUAAAUGAUUGAAUUUGUUGAGGUUUAUAUGUCUAUAGCAUUGUCGAGUUUAACAGAAUCGAAUAGAUUCGAUUUCUCGAUUUGUACCUACGUGAGUGAGUUGAGUGUGUUAGUGUACCACGGGAGUUGAGAUUGAGAUGGAAUUGGAAAAUUAAAUUGAAAGAAAACUAGGAUAGCAAGCAAAAUAAAUCUUGUUUUACCACUGAAUUGAAGUUAAGGUCUUCCUAACGAUUGCAACAAUGUCUACUAUAAACUAUACCACGCGCACAGAAGGCCAGACGAAGAUAAACACAUUGAUAUGGACUGUGUCUAAUUUCAUUAAUCUUCUGGACAAUAAAUCUACAAGAGAAUUUAGAACUGAAAAGUCUAAAGAAGCUAGCGCGGAUCCUUUGGAGUCACGCUUUCAAUUGAAAAUGCAAUUCCUGGGCCGCGACAACGAUAUUAUUGAGAUUUACUACUUGUCUCCUUCUCCUGUGUUCUUGAAAUCCAUUUUGACUAUAUGUCUGAAACGUUUUGAGGAGCGUUCUAUAGUCAUAAAGGAGUACCAUACAGUCCAAGCAAAUAAAUGGCAGUAUUUAGCCACACUGUACAAAAGGGAUAUAGCAAGUUAUGAUGGUCGGGACAUAUUUUUGCUGAGUGAUGGUAGUUUACGUCUCAAAUUCCAAUUCAUGGUAACUAAUGAUAUAAAAGUUCAAAGAGCAAAUGUUCCAGAAACACAAUUGAGUAGUGAUUUUGAGAAUCUCUUAAAUAACAGCCUGUUUUCUGAUGUCACAAUCAAAUCUGCCGAAGGGAUUGAGUACAAAGUACAUAAAGCAGUUUUGGCAAGCAGGAGUGCAGUUUUGAAGGCGCACUUUGAGCAUAACACUACAGAAUGCCACACCAACAUUGUUGAAUGUCCACUGGAAUCAGAUGUUUUGAAAGAAGUCCUUAUGUUUAUAUACAGUGAUAAAACACCAAAAGUUGAUGAAAUUCCUGAGAAGUUGUUAGCAGCAGCGGAUUAUUAUCAACUGAGUCGGCUAAAGAGUUUAUGUGAGGAAGCUCUGCAUAAGAGACUAACUGUAGAGAAUGCUAUUGAGACACUGCAGUUGGCAGAUUUGCAUUCUGCAAAUGAACUAAAACAGUCAACACUGGAAUUCAUCAAGGACGGCCAGGCCAGACUCAUUACCAAGACUGAAGGGUGGGCGAAUGUGCAGUCUGUUCAACUCAUCAAGAGGAUUUACGAGUUCAUAAUGGCUGAUGAUGUAGAUACCGAUCUAAAAUGAAUUUUCGACAUUGAUCUCUCAUAAUUCUAGACAAUUUUUGUUAUCAUAUAUUGAUGUAUUUCUCAUAGCUACGGUAUUUUAAUUGUUCGUUAUUAGACAUUAAGUUAAUUUAAGAAUUUUAUUUAAGGUUAUAAUAAAGGAAAUACUUGUUUUAGA